GUUCGAUAUUGAAAAAAAUACCCUAAAGCGCAUGCUCUGUGUUGCGAUAUUUAAAACGAACUCGACAAAUGGAAACUCAUUGAGAAAGAGUCAAAGGAGUGGUCCACCACAGUAUAAUGAAGGGGAACCGCGUCUGAUAAACAUGAUUCUUCAACUCCUUUUAAUAGUUUUACUAUUCUCCGACAAAACAGAAACAGCGUAUUCUGGUUGCUUUCCGGAGACGCCCACAGCGAGACAGUUAGCUGUGAACCCUGGGAACUAUGUACCAGGUAGCCUGACCCCUACAGAAUGCGAGCUAUCCUGUUCUAAGAAAGGACAAAUCCUAGCGGGUCUGACGGCCGGAAAUGUAUGUUUCUGCGGGAUGGCUACGACGCAACCUCAGGCAGCUGACAGCGCAUGUGUGGAGACCUGUGCUGGUGAUGCUACUCAGAAAUGUGGUACCAAUGCAGAACCGCCCUACGACAGUGUCUAUACCUCCCCCGUGGUUCUCAGUGGCUUUCAAAUCUUUCCUGGAGACCUGCUGCUGGAAACAUAUGUUUCUCAGACCCUGUACUUCAAUCUGACCACUGGCAACAUACAGUCCAUUGUGGUAGUUACAUCGGACAGUGGUCCGGACUUGGGGCCAUUCACGACUCUGUCCGUUUCCAUAGUUCCCAGAAGGUCAAGGCCACUACAGAUCAAGGCCAAAAUCACCGACACGAUGUCAGAAGAAUUAGACGCAGUCCAAGUAUUCAAGGUUCAAAGCAGGAUCAAACUGAUGACGCUGAAUUGUCCAGCUUACGCCAUUGGCAAUGUUCGAUUUGACUGUUUCCUCCAAAUGGGCGUCGGUAGCGCCAUGACGGUCAAUGUUGACAUGGACGAUGGAACAACAUUCCCACUGAAUGUCCCAGAAUGUAAAGAGUUUUCCAAAGGUUAUGCCCACGGCACCAUUUCUGCCACCUCACACCCGGGCGACAAUUUGUACUUGUAUCCCGAUACAAUCGUGAGAACGAAUGCCACAUUGGUAGGAUUGGACUACACUGCAUCUACUACUGGGAACAUUAUAGUGCAGGUGUAUCGACCUUCCUGUGGACCAGACUUAACACUGACUUUCUGUCAUAAAAGUUACUCGUGUAUAUCUGUUAACGAGUCCUGUUACAACCAACCAAGAGGGUCCUACUGGAAGACCAAGUGCGGCCCGGGAACAAUUUACAGUGUCGCAUUUGCAAAGUGUGUCGACAUCGCUACAGGAGCUGUAAUUGAGAAGCCUCCGAUUACUCAAUGGGGACAAAUGCCAAUUCAGUCUUUCGAUCUCGUACACGAGUUUACUUUUACCAUAAGCGCAACCGGAAGGAACUUUUACACCGUUCCCGACAUAGACCUCUUCAUCAUGGACCCCGCUGACGUCAUAGCUAUAAAGGAAGACGGUGGUCGAUUUGAACUCUUGGAAUCCGUUGCAAACUACAAAGAGUUCUAUUGGACUGUUGGUGGGGACUGGACAACCCGAGCUACGAACGGAUACACCAUAUCAGGCACUGGUGUUAAUAUUCUUUCCGCCAGACACGCAGUGCAAGCAUAUUUUGCGACGCCUGUACGAGCAAAGUUCAGACACACUUACGGGUCUGUUAUGGCUGACUACAAGAAUAUUACUGUAACGACACAUAACGCAAUCACCCAACCCCCGGUCAGCUCUGUUCAUGAAAUUGAACUUCAAAUUGUGAUUGCUGGCGUUAGUAUUGACGCUCCUACAACAGGUGCAACCAAUGAUACGAUAGAUAUCAACGUACCCGCCCAUCCGGGGUCGAAGGUACUGUACACGUGGAUGUUUGGGACCGGUGACGUCUUAUUUUCAAACACCAGAGACAUGAAUUACACAUGGACGGAGGCAGGUGUGUACACAAUCACAUUAACAGCGGAGAACAAAGUCAGCAAGGUCACCACCACGUUGGUGAUAAUUAUUCAAGAUGAGAUAUUGAACUUUACCGUCGAGGCUGAAAACAUGGCCACUGUCUUCACCGAACCUACUAAAGUUCUUUGGAACAUAACCCAAGGUACAAAUGUUAGCUACCACAUCUCAAUGGGGAAUGGAGUUGAGUUUACCUACGCGUAUCCAUUUUAUGGGUACCUCUGUGAGGAAGCCAAAUUGAAUGAUACCUGUUUCGUAUCUUCUGGUGAUCUGAACUGUACCACAACGUGCAAUGGAACUUUGUCAGGAAUGGACGGGUUUGUGUCGUAUUAUUACUCCGAACCCGACUGGUAUACCUUCACAAUAAUGGCACAUAACUUGAUUGGAAACAUUACCGUUGUAUUAAACCUCACUGUGCAAAUUCCAAUUUCCAAUUUUUCCAUUGAUGAGACUGACCCUAUUCCGUUCGGAACACCCAGAGCUAUCCCAAUGAGCAUUAGCACAGGUACCCAUAUUACUCAUGCCGAUCUUGAGGUUUCAAUGAAUGGGACUGUGCUGAAUGCGUCUUAUUUUGACUGGCCAUUUAAGUCCGGUGAGGCAAUCAUUAACACUGUAAGUUACAACUGGACUGGAUAUUACAUCAUCGAAGCAAAUGUCACGAAUCUGGUCAGCCCUGUUCAUUCAUUUGAAAGAGGGGUUUGGAUAGAUUUUCUAAUCAUUAAUUUGACAAUUAUCAACGACAGACCUUAUGUACCUGUUGGAGAGAAUACAACAUUUGAUAUUGGAAUGAAUUACUGCUCUCGAUUUAAUUCAUCUUUGCUGUAUGGAGACGGGUCACCUCUUGAAUUCCUGUAUCAAGAUUUACUUGUAAGUCCACAGCGGUAUAACUUUUCACAUAUCUUCAAUGCACCCGGAGUAUACGGUGUUAAUUUUUCAAUAGAGAACCCAGUGGAUAACCACACCAGCAUUCAUAAUGUCCAUGUUCAAUACCCAGUGGAAAAUGUCAUAGCAUUCAUGUCCACGCCCAUGAGAUUAGAACCAAUCGGUAAAGUCUCUGUGAAAUUCGUGUUUACGUUUUUAGGAGGCGUUCCUCUUGCUACUAAUGCAAGUUACUUUGUCGACUUCAACGACAGUACAACAACAACAGAUGUUUUCGAGGAACCAGUUAUUCAAACCACAGCAAUUCCCACAUUCGAACCAACGACAUCACUUGAUUGUAAUGCCCUUAAUGAAUUAUUACAACAAUCUCUAAACUCGUCCGAUUUUGAUUAUGUCAAUAGCACAAACUCAACUCCAGCUACAAUAACAGAGGAAGAAUACCAACUUUUGUGUAACAGUUCUACUACAACAGAAUCUAAUAAUAUCACUACAAGUAGUCCCAUAAUUGUUACAACAUUGACCCCAUUAGAAGGUUUCUUUGAGAUUAUGUUUUCUCACGACUACACGUCAUAUGGAACGUACAAUGUAUCUGCCAACAUUUCCAAUUUAGUCGAUUUUGAAUACUUUCCUUUGACUCUAAACGUUGAUGAACCCAUCUAUGAUCUAGACUUCACACCUAAUCCUUUUUAUGUACCUAUUAGAACAAAUUCGGAUCUUGUUGUUAGCAUGUCCUGGGGUUCAAGAGCAGAAUGCACAAUUGCUGUUGGAGAUGGAUCCCCAGACUACGUUUUACCAUGCGAUCGUUCAAAUCCUAUGUCUAUAUCUCACUAUUUUGACACUGUUGGUGUCUACUAUGCAUAUGCUGUGGGCAACAAUACGGUAAGCACUGAGACGGUCACAUCAUCAGCGGGGCCCAUAAUUGUUCAAAUUCCUGUGGGUGGAUUUGAGGUGAGAUGUUUGGUUUGCUCAAAUGAUAUCGGUCCACCCACCUUCACUACAUACAAUACUAGCGUCAGCUUUGAAUUGUUAUUUGACAAUAGUAAAGAGAGACCAACUAAUGCAUCCUAUACAAUUGACUAUGGGGAUGGAACUAAAACGGUAGAGAAACAUUUGCCAGAAACAUUUGCUAAUCCAAAUUAUGGUGGUGGAAAGUCUCUUGUCUUUUCUUUCCAACAUUUCUAUUUAAGAGGCGGUAAUUAUACCGUAAUCGUAAAUAUCUGGAACCUGGUUAGUGACAUAAACUACACGUGUCUUCAUGAUCUUUAUGAAGCAAUAGUCAAUCUACGGCUUACUGUGUACGAUUACGACCCGGAUACAGGAGUGAAAAAGACUGGCGGUGGUCCAGGUCUGAAUUAUUUUGCGCUGGAACAUCAGGUUCUUUUCGUGGCAUCUCACGAUAGAGGCUCACAUGUUACUUAUGCCUGGGAAUACGGAGAUGGAUCCGCUCUAGAAUCUAUUUACUAUGAUCAAAAUGCAUUCCAUGAAUACACUAAUGAUUCUACCUACAACAUUGUUUUAACUGCAACAAACAAAUUCAACCAGAAUGGUUCCAUUUCGGAAACAACAAUCCAUAUUCAGAGAGGUUGCUUUAACAUUUCUAUAACGACUGAUGAUCCUCGGUCCAAGAACACAACAUUUCAGUACCAAAUGUUUCCGGGAACAAUUGGUUCCGAUGCGUGUUAUUUUAUCGACUUCAAGGAUGAUACAUCUAUACCGAAUCGGUACAUGAUGUUUGGCGACUCCAAUUUUUGUAGUUUGGUUCCUGAAUGGAGUUGGUACUGGAACGAUCCAAACAAAGUCUUUUAUUCUCAUGAUUCUGAUCCGUGGUAUGAAAAUAAACUGGCAAAUCCAAACAACUACAACAUGACAAUAAACAACAUUUUCAUGUUUGAAGGUUCAUACGAUGCAACAUUAGAGUGUAAGAAUUACGUGUCUCACACGACAACAAUAUAUAACACAGGAGUCACCAAGGGCCCAUGCUGGUGGCCAUAUGUCAACCUAAAAAAUAUCAAUAUCUGCCAGCCCCCCAAUUGUGAUACUGUAGAUCCUAAUAUGAGAACAGUUCUAAAGUCUGAAAAGCUAAUAGUAUACUCCGAUGUUAUUAUUAACUGUACUUCUACUAAGGUAGCGUACUAUUCAUGGAACGUUCAUAAGAUAGACGAAACAUAUGGAAACGAAACUGAAAUCACUGACCUAGGAGGCGCUGAUGUGUAUUCUAUCGGUGCCCGAUCCUUACAAGUGGAGCCGCGCGUCCUGGAAUAUGGACUUUACAGAUUUACAUUGAAUGUCAGCAUGAACGAAUUGAUGGGAAUGUAUUCUAUCGACUCUGUUAAAUUGCGAAUAGUGGCCACGCCAUUGCAAGUCAGUAUUGCAGGUGGCGACUUCUUGCAAGCGCCAUGGGGAAGUACGAUGCCCUUAGUUCUCGACGGAAAGGCGGAAUCAUAUGACCCUGACGUAGCACCCACUGACAAAAGUGGAAUGGAGUUCAUUUGGUUGUGCAGAAGAUUAUGCGAAAACUGGCCAACCUUUAGUACUGAUUACAAUCCUAUAUCUAGUUUUACUCAUAACUGUACUUACCAGGACGAUUCUGAUCGAGGUUGCUCGAAGAUUGAUCUGCUGGAUUCACCAGGAAAGCUGGCCAAUGCUACUGGUGGUGUGAUUAACAUUUUUACUGGGGAAAUGUAUGAAGUUGAUUACGUUGAAAUAAAAAUGAUCGUAAAGAAAGACAACAGAGUAGCCGAGGACUCGCUUGUCUUGUUUAUCACCGUGGGAAAUCCACCCAUGAUCAGCUUAAAAUGUGUUACAAACUGUGGUCCAAAAAUGAAUCCAACGAGUCGAUAUUCCCUCCAGUCGCAUAUUAAUGGUUGGACAAGGGGUGCUUUCUUUUACUACAGGUGGAGACUGUACGGUGUUCCAUGGGGAAAGGGCUAUUUUGGAAGAAGACUUGUUUCAGAAUCAGAAUGGGUCAACAAGGCUACAACUGGCUCCGAAGGUCCACACAUGGCGAUUGAUCCUGUCGUUGAUCGCUUUAUAGCAAACACUUCCAAUAGUUAUUAUUUCUCUGUCAAAACCUGGAGAUGGGGAACGAGCGAAUCGCAUUGUGGUAUUACUGAGAUCAACUUCAGAAUCAAUGAGAGGCCGAGUGCCGGAAGCGCUUCUGUAUCAAUAUCCCCUGGUUCUGGUACUGCAUACGAAACCAAGUUUUAUGUGUCUGGAAGAGGAUUCAGUGAUUAUGAGGAUGGAUCUACAAUGAGCUUCUACAAGUUUGGUUUCAGACGAUAUCCCGGAAGUUCAAUAACGUGGUUCCAUGAAGGAACGAAAAAUAACAAUUAUGGCUUCGAAAAUCCAUUUCCGGACGGAAUGGAAUCAGAAAAUUUCCAAAUUAGUGUCGUUGUCAGGGCCUACGACCGAAGUGGAGCGUUCGCAGAAAAAUGGAAAUCGAUCACCGUUUAUCCGCCACAACCGACGGAUGUGAAAACUGUCAUAGCCACGGCAACAGAACCUGGAGGGCAGAUUGAUAAAUUUCUUAUCGGGGCCGAUAUCCGCGUGGCACCCAUGUCUUUAACUCUCGCCAAAUUUCUGAAUGAAGAAGCAGAUGGCGCAUUAACUUCUGCGCAAAUUGUAGAGACUACAACUUCCAUUGCACAAUCUCAAAAUUUGACGGAAGCUGAACGGCUUGCAAUGGAGCAGGCGAUUCUGCAACAACAAGCAAGUGAGAAAGAGAAUCGAAUCAAGACACGGUCAACCCUAAUGGACGGUUUUAAAAGAAUCAACCCGACCAAUGUAGAAGCCAUGCAGGGAACAGCCGCGGCUCUGGCGGAGAUGUCGGUAAAGGAGGAUGAACUGACAUUAACAGCGCAAGAAGAUGCAGCAGGCAUAAUGGAGGACUAUGUGGUUAAACUGAAAGGUCAGACCAGUCUUUCAGCAGACGACAGAGAGGACGCUACAACCAACCUUAUAGGGGUCAUAGGCAAUACCAUGCAUGCAGCUGGUUUUACUGCUGAAGUAGCUGAAGAAGAGGGCACAAAGUUAGCCAACAUGGUGGAAUCCUCAAUAUCGAUGGAUGGUACUGCAUCCACAACACAAGCCACAACUCUGUCUCCUGAACAAGUCAAGGCCCGCCAGCAACAGUUACUGGACGAGAAGAAUAAUGCGAAAAACACAUUUCUGAGACUUGAACACUCUUUAAAUAACAUCAUUGGCACGCUGGAGAAGUUCAAAGUAGUUGGUGAGAAAAAUGCAGUUCUGGAAUCCCCGAAGCUCAAUGUCACGCUUGCAAAGACAGAGACUAAGGAUAUGAACUACAAUCCGAACUUCGCCGUCGGAGGUCUGAGUGGUGUCCUUUUACCAAAAACACAAGUCAUUUUUGGUGAGGAUGGUAAUGAGACGACGUGGUUUGUUGAAACAGAGGCAUUAAGAAUGACCAACAACCCUUUUACAUGGACAAAUGCAAGCGGGUCAUCAUCUACUAAAAUUACCAGUGACGUUAUUUCUUUGAAAUUUCGAAACGACACAAACGAACCUGUGGACGUGAAGGAUACGCAGCAGUACUUUGACCUAUUUAUGGAUCGUAAAAACUUUGAUACCACAGUCCAAAAUGUCAUUAAUAUGACGAAAGAUUGGGACGAGCCCGCUGUCCUCCACAUGUUGCCAGUGGCACCCAAUAGCUCCUUGCAUAUCACCGUCAACCAGAUAUUUAAGACAGAAGACAUACAAUACUACUUGGACUGGUUGGAUUAUCUUGCCGGUAUCUCAGCAGACGAUAAUUCCACGGUUCAGCAAGAUCCUAACGUGACAGAUACCAGCCCACCUAAAGGAGCCGAUGCGUUCUAUAUGGAAACCAAGCAAUCCUUGUUCUCUGUCUUUAUCAAGAUGGGCGGACCACCAACACCUCAAGAACAUGAUUAUAACUGUACUUUGCCAAAAACUCUGGAUGAAUUUUUUUCAAUGUUGGACUAUAUGGAUGCAUUAUCAUAUGAAAAUGACACUUCCCUUCCAAGAUCCAACUACCUAUCAGAAAUCCCAGACUGGAACACGUGCCUGUUCUCAAACGAUAUAUUAAACCUAAAUGAAACAACGGAUUUCUAUAUCGCCAUUAAGCAUAAAACUUACGAACAAUUGGAAGCUGAAGCUGCAGGCGAUGUUUCAACGACUUCGUCACCAUCCACCACUGUAUCCACUACUACAGAAGAUGACAGAAAAAGGAGAUGGGGUGAAAAAGAUGGUAGUAAAAAAUGGGGUGGUGGAGGCAAAAAGCUGACUGCGCUACAAGAAUCUCUUCUUGCCCUUGCUAAUUCCGAUACUACAACGACCGUUGCACCAGCGGGAACAACUGCAGGGUUAAGUGGUACCAGUGGUAGCGGUGGUGGAAAUGGUAACGGAGGUGGAAAUGGUAACGGAGGUGGAAGCGGUAAUGGGGGUGGAAAUGGUAACACUCAGAAUACUGUUGUAUGGCCACCUCCAGGGUCCUAUUAUCCCGCCGUUUACAACAUAUCUUUCUACAGCGCUUCUUGCGUGUGGCGAGACCGAACUAAGAGUGUCUGGACUUCCGAGGGUUGCUUUGUUGGUCCACUUUCAAAGCCAUACAGAAUUCACUGCCUCUGUAACCAUUUGACUGCAUUUGGUGCUGGUUUCGCCGUACCUAUGAACUCCCUAAGUCUCAAUGACUCUGGAUUUGCUAAGUUGGAUGAAAACCCUGUUAUAUUUGCCACCAUGGUUUCUUUAAUGUUACUUUACAUAUUGAUGCUUAUAUGGGCGAGGAAAAGAGACCUUUUGGAUAAAGUUAUGGCUGGGUCAUCUCCUUUACCCGACAAUGAUCCUAGGGACAAAUAUUUGUACGAAUUGACUGUUUUCACUGGUUCCAGAAAGGGUUCAGGAACAACAGCCAAUAUAUCCUUCAUUUUGACUGGAGAGAAAGUUGAGACACCACCACGAUCUUUGGCCGAUUUCAAGCGCCCCGUUCUUCAGCGGUCCAACUGUGAUGGGUUUAUAAUGGCGACACCAAAACCUCUUGGAAAACUCAGUCAUUUACGAAUAUGGCAUGAUAAUAUGGGAUCCAGUCCCUCGUGGUAUUUCAGUCGUCUGCAAGUUCAGGAUCUGCAAACUGGAGAUAAAUAUUUCUUCAUCUGCGAACAGUGGCUCUCUGUAGACGAUGAAGAUGGAAUAAUUGACAGAAUGGUUCCUGUGGCUGGCAAAGCAGAAUUGACAAGCUUUAAUUACCUGUUCUGGCAGAAGACAAAACACAAUUUAGCUGAUGGACACCUUUGGUUUUCCAUCUUUCAACGUCCUGCUAGAAGUAACUUUAGUCGAGUGCAGCGACUAACAUGUUGUUUGACUCUUCUGUUUACCACAAUGGUUGUAAGCCUUGCUUGGUAUCAAACGGACACAAAUUCUUCUCCAUCACAGUUCAAACUUGGACCAGUAACUUUUUCUCUCACAGGAGUAUACAUUGGGAUAGUGAGUGGAUUGAUGACAUUUCCAAUAAAUUUCAUCAUUGUUCUCAUAUUUCGCUACUCAUCACCCAAACCUGAGAAGAAGAAAGAAUUCAAACCCAAUGUUGUGAAAGAGGACAAAAAUGAGAAGGCCAAAUGUGUUGAAUCGACGAGCUUAACUGGAAAAUCAGUUUGUGACAACUCAGGAGAUCCCAACGCUCUCAGCAGAGAAGGUACUGAAAUAAGCAUCAUGAGGGAGAAAUCUGAACUUAACCCAGAUUUUGUGGAAUUUGAACUAAGGGAACAGGAGGAAUUUUUGGAGACUGGGGAUGAAACAAAACGAGUGAUGACCAAAGAGCCAAUCACGAAAGAAGACCAAGCAUUUACUAAAGGUCAGACACAGUUCUCUCACACCGCCCAAAUUGUGGCUUUUGAGAAAGAUGAUGAAAAGAAAAAGAAAAAAAGAUUGCCAUGGUGGUGUAUCUAUAUAGGCUACAUCCUUUCUUUCAUAACUGUAGCGGUGGCAUUUUACUUUGCGGUGGAGUUUGGAGGUGUAUUUGGUCUGGAGAAAUCUGUCAGUUGGUUGGUUGGGUUUAUUGUGUCUUUGUUUGAGUCAGUCUUCUUCUCCCAGCCGAUUAAAGUCAUCAUAAUUGCAAUCUUUUACGCCCUUGUAAUAAAGAAACCAGAAGCACAGGAUGACGACGAUAUGCAGUUAAAUCCAGACUUGAGAAAUGACGAGGAGUACCUUCACGAUCACCUAACGGAGAAAGAUCUGGAGGAUCCACAGAAACUUCGACUGUUGGAACAAAAGAAGACUCAAGCAACUUUGCCACCAGAAUUGGACUUCUUGAAAACUAUUCGCGAGGAACGGCAAAAAGAGCUUGCAAUGUUUGCCAUGUUGAAGGAGAUAGCAAUUUGCAUAGUGUUCCUGUACAUCGUUCUGACAAUAGCGUAUGGCAACAGAGACCCUUGGUCAUAUAUACAAUAUAAGAACUACGACAACAUCUUUAACGAAGGUGACUUCGCUCGAUCCAUUGGAAAUUAUACGAUUCGCUUUGUUGAUAUUGAUUCUCGAACACAGUUCUGGAACUGGAGUGAAAAUGCACUUCUACAAGGAUUAUAUAACAAUGAGUUUUAUAAUGGUGAUCCAGUCUUGGAUAAACUCAUCAUAGACAAGCAGAGUAUACUUGUAGGAGGGGCUAGAUUACGUCAACUUAGGAUAACACCAGAAUUAUGCUACAGUCCACUUAAUUACUUUGCUGAAGAAUGUAUGCCUGAGUACGACAUGUUUUACGAAGACCAGACUAACUAUAAACUACGAUGGAAUCCUGUGAACGAGUCAGAUCCAGCUGACUUCCCCCACCCCUUCUUCAGUUACCAGUCUAUGUGGGAACUUUCCGGAUAUCCAUACCAAGGAAUUUUCCAGACUUACAGCGGUGGAGGUUAUGUGGCCGAGUUGGGUGCAACAUUCUCAGAGGCUCAGAUGGUACUGAAGUUCCUGAAAGAUAACAGUUGGAUUGACAAACGAACAAGAGCUGUGUUCAUUGAAGCCAAUAUCUUUAAUCCUAACAUGAACUUGUGGGGCGUUUCACUGUACCUUUGUGAAUUUUUACGGACCGGAGCUAUUGAACCGUUUCCCAGAAUGCAUGUCUUUAAGCUUGACCGCUACAUUAACAACGACUACAUGUAUUUUGUCAUGGCAAUAGAAAUCUCAGCACUAGCCUUUGUCAUCUUUUACACCGUCAAAGAAAUUAAGAAAAUCAAGGAGCAAGGCAAAAAGUAUUUCAUGCAAUUUUGGAACGUCUUUGAGGUGGCGAUCCUGGCCGUAUCCUACACCAUUGGUUUGGUGUUCAUCUGGAGGGCAGUGCUCUGUGUUCGAACACUAAAUACAAUUGCUGAAAACCCGACAAGCUUUGUCAACAUGCACUUCACAGUUAUGCUGGAUGAUCUGUCCAGCUGGUUCAUUGCUUUCCUCGUCUUCUUCCUGAACGUUCGAUUCCUCCGUCUGCUGCGCUUCAAUAAGAAAAUCUCCCUACUCAGCAGUACUCUCCGGCACUCAGCGAGGAUGCUCAUCAGCUUCAGCUUCGUCUUCAAUAUUGCUUUCCUCUCGUUUGCCUGCACGGCGUAUCUCUUCUUCAUGUCCAGACUGUUUGAGUUCCGGUCUUACAUAGUUACGUUGGAAACCUUGUUAUCGAUGAUGUUGGGAAAAUUUGACUAUGAAGCUGCCUACAGUGCCACUCGAAUCACCGGCCCCCUUUUGUUUGGUUUCUUCAGUAUUUGCUUCAGUUUCAUUUUGAUCAACUUCUUUUUGACGAUCCUGAUGGAAGCUUUUGAGAGAGUGAGAAUGGACCCUGUAAAUCAAUCCAACGACCAUGAGGUCGUUGAUUACAUGACAAAGAGAUUCAAGAUGUUAUUGGGAAUAGGGAGUCCACCGAAGAGAAAGGUUUCCAACAUGUUCACGGAUCCGCGUUUACAACAGUACGUCUACAUUGAAGGAAAAACGGCAGACCAGGAAAAACUUCAGGAGCUUGAUGAAAAAGUUGAUCAGGUCAUCAACAAAAUGGAAGGUUUUGUCGACUGCGAUGAAGAGAUCAAGAAUGAUCUAGAAAAGGAAAUGGAGGAAGUCAAGAAGAAACGGAGAAGAAAAAUUGUGAUUGGUUAAGAAAAUUAUGAUUUGAAGAACACACAAUCAUGUCCAUUUUAAUGGAUUGAGGUGAAAAUGAUUGAAACAUAACAUUUUGUAAUUACAUGUUUUGCAAUAUUAAAUUGGGUAUUUAUGAUUAAUUUAUUAAACAAUCGAGUUAAAUGUAAAUCAAAUGCAGUGCAGUUAUGCUUGGAAGCCACACUUUAGAAGACGACGAAAUGUAUGUUAACAUUUUCCGAGUUCAAGUUCAAAUCUGCUUAUGCUAUGUAAUAUCAACAUAUACUAUAGUAUGGCGAUUUCAAGUUUUAAAAUACCAUGUUUCAAUCAUCAUUUAAUUCCAAACUGUGUAUAGGAACUACAUAGAUGUCUAAAAAAUUAACGUAAUUUGAUUUUGAUAAGUUUCUGGUUGCUGUUUUUCGUGUUAUUUUGUAUUACCUGCUUGGUUACAACUUCAUCAUUAUUGUUCAAAACAAAAGAUUCGAGAAAGACUUCUUCGUUAAGGCACUUCAAAUGGUGGUUGUUGUAAGUCCAUAGUAACAAUAAAUUGAAACCCAAAAUUUGAUGGAAAUCAAACAUUGAUUAAUUAUAUUUAGAAUUUGUAAAUGUAUAGAAACUGAUUAAAGUUACUCGACUUUG